CCCUCCACAAACCCUACUCCGCCCUCCGCCGCCGCGCCAUUUCGCCAUGAGUCGUCAACCUGAGGUGCUAUGGGCUCAACGCUCAGAAAAGGUUUACUUGACUAUCUCAGUGCCAGAUGCAGAAGAUGUUGUGUUGAAGAUUGAACCUCAGGGAAUCCUUAGCUUCUCAGCCACUGCCCAUGGGGAAUCUUUUAGCUUAACUUUGGAGCUAUUUGAUUCUGUACUGCCAGAGGGAAGUAAAACAAAGAAAAAGGUGGGCUCGCGAAACAUAAUCUGUACUAUACAGAAAGAUAAGAAAUGUUGGUGGAAGCGCUUGCUAAAGUCAGAGGAAAAGCAUCCAUACAUCAAAGUUGACUGGAACAAAUGGCACGAUGAGGAUGAAGAGUCUGAGGCUUCAGUAGGUUCGGACAAUGACUAUGAUGAUGGGGAAAAUGAGGAAAGCGAUGGUGAUGAUGGACUGCUAUAUCUCCCUGACCUGGAAAAGCUGAGAGGGAAAUGAGUAGACAGCUUGGAUGAAGGAAGUAGGUUCUGCUGUAGCAAGUGACU